UUUCUUUUCUCACUAAUCUGAAACCCGUUUGUCAGCCCAAGUCUCAUUUCCCUUCACUUCUACUGUCUCUACUGCUUAAACUUACAAGCUUAGCAAUGGCGGAGUCAUCGGACGAGGCCAUUAUCGAGAAACUUUACGAGUACGGCGAACGCCUCAACGAGGCUAAAGACAAGUCUCAGAAUGUGGAGGACUAUGAGAAUAUAAUUAAGGCAGCGAAGAGCAGCAGUGUUAAAGCUAUGCAAUUAGCAGCUCAGCUAAUCCCCAGAUUCUUCAAGUAUUUUCCUAGUUUAUCAGUCCGUGCUGUAGAUGCUCAGCUGGAUUUCUGUGAAGCUGAGGAACUUGGGGUUCGAGUGCAAGCCAUUCGUGGACUUCCUCUUUUUUGCAAAGACACACCCGAGCAUCUUUCGAAAAUUGUUGACAUACUUGUUCAACUCCUGACUGCUGAGGAAAAUGUGGAACGUGAUGCAGUAAACAAAGCCCUUUUGUCCUUGUUAAGGCAAGAUGUAGAAGCUUCAUUGACAGCUCUUUUUAAACACAUUGAGACUAUUGAUGAGCAGAUGUCGGAUGACAAUCUCCGUGAAAGGACCUUAGUUUUUAUUAAAGACAAGGUAUUUCCUCUAAAAGCUGAGCUCCUCAAGCCUCCAGAAAAAAUGGAGAGGCACAUAACCGAUCUGAUAAAGAAGAGCCUACAAGAUGUGACAGGAGGUGAAUUUAAGAUGUUCAUGGAUUUUUUGAGAAGUUUGAGCAUAUUUGGAAAUAAAGCUCCUCAAGAGCGUGUGCAAGAACUGAUUGAGAUCAUUUCAGGACAAGCUGAUUUAGAUGCACAAUUCAAUGUUUCAGACGGAGACCACAUCAAUCGAUUGAUAGCCUGUUUGUUUAUGGCUAUUCCAUUUUUCGAGAGGGGUGCCUCAAAUAGCAAAUUUCUAAAUUAUUUGAAUAAACAUAUAUUCCCAGUAUUUGACAAGCUUCCUGAAGAACGGAAGGUUGACCUGCUCAAAAACCUUGCAGAGAGUGCACCCUAUACAAUUCCUCAAGAUUCGAGACAGAUCCUUCCCUCUGUUGUUCAACUAUUGAAGAAAUAUAUGCCUCGUCGAAAAGCGGGAGAAGAGAUGAACUUUACUUAUGUUGAGUGUUUGCUGUAUACUUUUCACCAUUUAGCUCACAAGGCGCCAAAUGCCACCAAUAGCUUAUGUGGUUACAAGAUUGUGACUGGACAGCCAUCUGAUAGGCUUGGGGAAGACUUCUCGGAGAAUUACAAAGAGUUCACAGAGAGGUUAAACUGUGUUGAAGAGCUUGCUAGGGCUACCAUUAAGAAAUUAACUCAAGGGAUGGUGGAGCACAAUAAAGCAUUUGCUGCUGCUAAAUCUGAUGAAGAAAAGGAAAAAAUCAAGGCUCAAAAGCAGAAUACUACUACAGGGCUGAGGACUUGCAAUAAUAUACUGUCUAUGGCACAGCCAUUACAUGCAAAAACACCUUCAUUCAUCGGGGACAAAAAAAUCAACCUUUCUUGGAAGGAAGUUGUGAAAUCUACAACACCAACGACUGCAACUUCAACUGGAGUAAAACGACCUGCUGGUGCUAUUAAUGGUUCCAGUAGUUCUGGACCAAAGAAGGGUCGGGGAGGUGGUAGCAUGCAGAACCAGCUCGUUGAUAGAGCUUUUCAAGGACUAUCAUAUGGAGGGAGGAGUUCAAGAGGUAGAGGCAGAGGAAGGGGUUUUCGUGGAAGGGGAAGAGGAAGGGGGGGAUAUCACUAACCCAGAUCCGCCUCAGUGUGAUAUGUUAAGACUUCCCUGUGAACUGAAAAGAUGCAGAGACAUCGGUUUCGUCUUAGAGAUGCAUUUUUGAGAAGUAGUCAGAUGAUUUAUGGAUUCGGAAACGUAGUUGAUCCCCUGUACACGUGAUGAUAUAUAGACUGUCAAUUCUAAUGUGGCAGUCGGAAGCUGAUCUUUCUCAAGAUACUCUCACAAUUACCAGCAGUUUGCGCCCUUACUCCGGUCAAUGUUUGGUAGCAAAGGAAACGAAAAAACGAACUUUAGUUACAAAAAUGAUUUUAAUGGAGAUUUUGUAGUAUUUGAUUUGAUUUUUAUUUGGAAGACAUCGUUUUGUUGUUAAUUUGUGACAUAAUUUAU